UUUUAUUUAUUAAUAUGAUGUAUAAAUUUGUCAUUGGAGUUUUAUUAAUGAAUGUUUUGGUGUAUGCAUACAACCCUACAAUCUAUGAAUUAUCAUUGAGACCCUGGCUAUAUGAAUUAACUAAUAAAUACGGAAGAAAUAUUUCGAAAUUGAAUGAUAUUCCCAUGGAAGAAUUUCAACAUCUGAAAGACAUUGGAGUUGAUUAUGUUUGGCUAAUGGGUAUUUGGUAACUUGGAUAAUACGGAUUGGACUUUGAUAGAGCACAUGCGAAUGAAUAUAAGUCCAACUUGCCUGAUUUUACGAUUGAUGAUGUCAUUGGGUCACCUUACGCAAUCACAGAAUUUGUCUGUAAUUCAGAACUCGGGACAGACUAGGAUAUUAUAAAUCUGAGAUAAAAACUUAAUGCUAUGGGUUUAAAGCUCAUGCUCGAUUUUGUUCCUAAUCAUUCUGCAAUCGAUAGUCCAUAUAGAACAUCAAAUAUUGACUAUUUCAUAAGAGCUCCACCCAAUACUCCAACACCCUAUGACUCAGAAUAUUACUUACCUGAUGGAGUUAGUUACGGUGGUGACCAAUGGGAUGGAUUUUGGAAAGACACCGCUCAAUGGAAUUACUGGAACAACGAUACUAGGAACUACCUCAAGACUGUAGUGAAGAAGAUAGCUUCGAUGUCAGAUGGUAUGAGAUGUGAUAUGGCAAUGGUCAUAUUGAAUGAUCUCUUCUACAACAAGUGGAAACCUUAAUUAGAUGCUUGGGGUUACAAGAGACCAUCGACUGAAUUUUGGUCUGAAGCCAUCAAAGAAACUAAAUAACAAUAUCCAGAUGUUAUCUUUUUGGCUGAAGUCUAUUGGAGCAAAGAAUAAGAUCUAAUAAAUCUAGGAUUUGAUUACGUGUAUGAGAAAUGGUUAUUGGAUCAAUAGGCUACAUUGGAUGUUGGAAAGGUUAGACCCAUCUUAUCCAAUUUGGAUUUCAAUUAUGCAUCUCAUUCAAAUCAUUUUGUUGAAAAUCAUGAUGAACCAAGAGCUAUCAUAAAAUUCAGUGGCAAGGAUUAUAUAUCCUGUGUUGCUGCAUUAAUGAGUUACUCUAUCCCAGGAGCUAGAUUUGUUAAUCAUGGUUAAUUGGAGGGAUUGUCCAAUAAAUUGGAUGUCCACCUUAGAAGAAGUUAUAAGGAGAGUGGUUCAACUUACGUUAAAUCAUUUUAUGGAAAGAUCAUGGAUAUCUUAAAAAGAGAUGUAUUCAAAUCAGGAAAUUGGACUCAAUUGAAUGUCACUGGUGAUUAGAAUUGGAAAUUCUUUGCUUUUAGAUGGACUUAUUAAUAAGAGAAAAUAGUUGUUGUUAUUAAUUUCUCUGACGGAUCAGGAUAUGGACUUGUAAAAUUAAGUGACGCUUCGAGUGGAUAAUAAACUAUAACCGAAUUAAUUAGUGGAUAAACUUAUGUAAGAAGUGGAGAUGAUAUGAGAAAUAAUGGAUUAGGUGUAAUUGUUGAUGGAUGGAAUGCUUAAAUUUUCAGCUAUUUCUGA